AUGAAGACCAACACUCUGCACUCAAUUCGCGGCAACCAGCGUCAUUGGGACCUGGCGCGCAUGUUAAACCAUCGUACAGCCUUCCCCGCCGAAACAUCGACCGUGGCCCUCGGCGAGUUCGACCCAGACGCCGCGCACGACACGCUCGCGUUCCUGCAGGACGAAUGCCGCGUCCUAAUUAUCGGCGCAGGUGGCCUAGGAUGCGAAUUACUAAAGAACGUAGUGCUCUCAGGCUUUACAAAAGUGGACAUUAUCGACAUGGACACGAUCGACGUGUCCAACUUGAACCGUCAGUUCCUAUUCCGCGCCGCAGACGUGGGCAAGCCCAAGGCUGAAUGUGCAGCAGCGUUUGUUCGCACUCGCAUGACCUCAGAGGACACGAAGGUGGACAUCACGCCGCACUUUAAGAAGGUGCAGGACAUGGACGCGGACUUCUAUCGCCAGUUCCACGUGAUCCUCUCGGGUCUCGACAAUAUCGAGGCACGUCGCUAUCUGAACUCACUCGUCGUGUCGCUGGCUGAAGUGGACGAGGACGGAGAAGUGGAUCCAUCUACAAUCAUUCCUCUUAUUGACGGCGGCACUGAAGGUCUGCGUGGUCAGGCGCGUGUCAUUAUCCCCAGGAUCACGAGCUGCUUCGAGUGCUCCCUCGAGACGUUCCCACCGCAGAAGAGUUUCCCUAUGUGUACUAUUGCAGAGACGCCCAGACAACCAGCACACUGUAUCGCCUACGCGUUCAUUGUCCUCUGGCCACGAGAGUAUCCCGAGAGGAAAUUGGAUAAAGACUCACCCGAACACAUGCAGUGGGUCUAUCAAGCUGCUAGAGAUCGGGCUGAACAGUUUGGAAUCGCUGGUGUAACGUACAGUUUAACGCUGGGGGUGGUGAAGAAUAUCAUCCCAGCAGUAGCGUCGACUAAUGCAGUGGUGUCAGCCAUGUGUGUGAGCGAGGCGUUCAAGGCCAUGAGCUACUGCAGUCGCUUGAUGAACAAUUACCACAUGCAUAUGGGCGCAACAGGCUGCUAUUCGCACACGUUCCAGUACGACCGAAAACCUGAUUGCGUCGUGUGCUCGUCGCAACAAAAGUCGCUGCAAGUGGAUCCAGACACCAUGACACUGCAGAAAUUGAUUGACGAGCUUUGCGGCGACGACUUUCGACUACUGAAACCCUCAAUCAGCUCGGCCAAUGCGAAUUUGUUUAUGCAGGGUCCACCAGCUCUGCGUGCUGCUACCAGUCCCAAUCUAGUCAAACCGCUGCGUGAAUUGGUGAAGGACGGCGAGAACCUCACGAUCACAGACGCUGUUUUUGUAGGCGACUUGGCGCUGUCAUUGCAGAUUAACUUCAAGCCAAAGAUUAAAAAUGGGCAGCCGCAUCAUGUACGUGAUGUCUUCCUCGUCCGAGCGCACAAACAUUCUGACAAACCUGGGCGGGACGUGAGGUCCGCCGAACCCGACCGUCGCCGGGUUCUCUUCGGUGUGGGCUUCCGACGGUCGCACCACGACCCACACAGUUUCAUCCAUGGCCAAGCCGUCGAACUCGCCUUGGCCUUCACUGCGAGCUCUCCACACAAACACGACGCGAUCUAA